AUGGCGGAUACAGAGACGUUUGCUUUCCAGGCUGAGAUCAACCAGUUGCUGAGUUUGAUCAUCAACACUUUCUAUAGUAACAAGGAGAUCUUUCUACGUGAACUUAUCAGCAAUUCCUCGGAUUUUAUCCUAAAACAAUUUGAUUGGCUAGGAGAAUGCUUCACAAGAGGGGUUAUUAAUCAUUCGGGAGGGCCUUUACGCCUCAAUGGGACGAUUUAA